AUGGCUCUGUUCGGCAAAAAUUUACUUGACUCUCUCCAUCAUGAGCUGGGACGCGUUCAUGAGCCGCAAUCAAAAUACCUUGCUUCUCGCAGAACUCUAAAUCGCUUCGUUACAUCUUUGCCUCUUGGAUCAAGUCUCGACCGUGUCUUUCGCCAGAUCCAGAAUAAGAUCGAGGAGCGUGAAAAAAUAAUCGAAACACAUGAGAAAAACGAAGAAGAAUACCAACGUAGAGCAUUUGCAUCGUCCACCGCUGCUCUUCUUCGAAAACGAACUCAAGAAAUCGAAGACGACGUGAAAAAAUACCUUGACGACGAUGUUGAACGAAUCAAUCUCGCGAAACAAGCUAUUCCUGAUCCGAUCAUCAUACACAAAACCGUCAAGCGCCCAGGACUCGAGUACAUUCCAGAGUUUGUGAGAAAGAACAUGGUGAACAUGGACGAAGUGACGUCGCGCGCUCAUCUUGAGAACAUGAUUGUGAGCUUGAAAAACGAAGCUGACCGGAAAGAGCAGUGGCUUCAAGAGCAAAAGAAAUUAUCGAUUACGGAAGAGCGCAUUGACGAGCUUAGAACGAGUAUUUCAGAACAAGAAGCAGCUCUCGAGAAGGAAAUGAGCAGACUAAGGAGACUGAAAGUCGCGAAAAUGACAAGAAACUACUUGGAAACGAUGAAUAACCCAGAAAAUUUGGUUGAAAAGUCAAAAGCUGUGGAGCUCUUCUCCGCUCGACUGGAUGAUCCUUCUUUAGAUGACGACUUAGACAAUGAUCUGCCAAUCGAUUGUCCGACUGAGUCCGCCAAAGCUCAAGAAGUUUUGAAUGCGAUCAGAGAUUUCAACGAUCAACUGGUUGAAGGUGACUAUCAAACCGCUGCUCAAACUGCUCUUCAGUACAAAUGCCUCAGGACAACCCAUAAUCUACGAAGAAUACUCGCGGAAGGCUCUGAUAAAAGCAUGACAGCAGCACUUUGGUUCGCAUCUCUUGUUUUUGGAAUGGCCAACCCGACACCGGUAGAUUUCAGAGAGCUAGCGAUAGAAAUAGCUGGACAGGCGAAUAAAAUCGACCUAUACUUUCCUUAUUGGUACUCUGUUGGAGUUUUUACAACGGACCGUAAAAUAGCUGAAGCAACGGAAAAUGCAGGGGAAUUGAAUAUCGCAACUCUUCUCUUCACUCAACUGGAAAUGUACGAACGAGUUGUCUCUUUGCUUGUUCGUCGCCGCCAGUUUUACAAACUCGUUCGAAUUUACAAAGAAGGUCGUGUUUCAUCACAACGGCUGAAAAACAUCUUCCUGGAUUAUCCUCUCAAACAUGUCGGGGACGCGCUUAUCGAACAUGGCGGACAUUCACUAGCAGAAUUGAGCAUGGCUCUCGUGUCGCUUGGGAAACACGACGAGCUUGUAGCAUUUCUAUUGAAGGACAAAGAUCUGUCAUCAAGGCUCGAGCUGGACUACGAAAACGUAUCAGUUUGGAAGUCAGUUGCGGCAUUUACAACUGACAUUGAGCUUCAAGCAAAGAUUCUUUCUGCAACUGUUAUCGCUGAAGCAAAAUAUGAAGAGCAUCUAUCCGAAAAAGCUGCGUACGACUUUUACUCAUAA